CCUAACCUUAAAACGCACGCCUACCCAUGCCUUGCACGACUACAUCUACACCGGCGAUGUCAGCGGCACUACAUACCACACCUUGGCCACACCACCCGGACGCCGUUUAUAGACCAUUGCCCCCGGGUACUGCGGGGAUGAGCUCGUCAGAUCUCGGGCAGACGAGCGCAGCUGGAUAUUCUCCUUCUCCAUACCCGCCUACGUCCACACCGGCGAUGUCAGCGGCACUACAUACUACACCGUGGCCACACCACCCGGACGCCGUUUAUAGACCACUGUCCCCGGGUACGGCGGGGAUGAGCAGGUCAGAUCCCGGCCAGACGAGCUCAGUUGGAUAUUCUCCUUCUCCAUACACGACGUUCUCGCAGUUGGGGAUCACCACACCGGGUCAUAUUGAUCGAUGGUGGGCGCGAGAGUGUCAUGAUCUAAGCAGAUUCCCGUUGUACUAUCCAUACCCCCUUACACCACCUAUGCCAGUCAACCCUGAUAGUGAGACUCAGGAUGACAGAUUCCCGCUGUCACAGCGGGGGGGGGGGGGAUGCCUAUGCCGGCUAUGCGGUCGGGACAGAUGUCGGCACCGGCAGGGAGCCAAGGCCCGACACCUAGGGAGAGUCAGGUGCCUGUUUAUGGACAGAGCCAGUUGCCGCUUUCUGGGGAGAGUCAGGACCCAGAUGUGGGGGAGAGCCAGAUGCCCCAUGAGGGGGACGAUGUGAUGUUGAGUCUUGAUCAGUUGGCCCAUGAUGUCCCCCAGGAUAUGUCUUCGGAUGACGAUCAUCAUGAUGAGCCUCACCCGGCAGAUGAGGUAGGCGAGGAGCAUGCUGGCGACCCAGCGACCGAGCUCAUAGCGAUCGAUCAUAUUCGGCUGAUGGAUAAGUACAUUUUUAUACAUCAUUAUAUCUUAAUUUAGGUAUAACCCAGACGGGAGCAUCUAUUUUGAGGUGAUUAAGGACCCAGAGAGAAAUUGGGUGCUCCCGAGGGGGAAGAAAGUUGUGUUGCAGUACAAUGCUGCAACACAACCCGUGGGACGAGCAUGCAAACGUUAUAGACGGGCUGCGGGCAAGCUUUUACUGAGCAGGUCCCACAUUCACUUGCGGGACGAAUGGGCAAAGGUAGAUAAGCAGAUUAAGCGGGCAAUGUGGGAUGCCAUAAUGCAAGAUUUUAUGUACCUGUAUCCGUCGACCAGCGUCUCGCACAGAACGAAUUCUGGGGUGAUAUGGGCCGUAAGCACCAUUCGUGGAAGUCGAAGUUGAGGACCCAGCUAAAUAUUCGAGAUGGUGACACGCCAUUGACAAUAUGUGCGAGAAUGCCAGAUACGUUUUUUGAUAAGUAUGACCAAACGGAUGUGAAUGACGUACUGCACGAGUGGUGCACAAAAAGAAAUCAGCGAGGUCUGAACGAAUGAAGCGGCUGCGGGAGCAGAAUGACAUCCCCCAUAGUCUGGGGUCCAAAAGUUAUGCCAGAUUUAAUCACAAUGAGGCAUCUACAUCUGGCACGCCCCCCACUCGCACCGAGUCGUUUGUGAAGACGCACACAAGGAAAGACGGCACUUAUCUGAACGAGCGGACACGGAACCUAUGUGAGCGGAUGACACAGAGUUUGUCCACUAAUCCUACUGCCACGGAUUCCGUUUCAUCAGAUACGGUGCGUUGGGCACCUGGCGACGCGUACGAGCAGGCAGUUGGGCGACCCGAGUAUGAGGGUAGGGUUCGGCAGGUUGGGCCGAACGUUACUUCUGUUCGCGGGACUUGUUUCUCGUAUAAGGCCUGCACACGGGGGCGACCGGCCGAGGGCACGUCUCAGGAUUGGGCUGCCCACAAAAUUGCGGAGAUGGAUAUCAUGUUAUGGGCCGAGAGAGAGAGGAAUGACGGGUUGGAGGGCAUAGUGCGGGCCGAGAGAGAGCGGGCUGACAGCAUGGAGCAGCGCCUAAGACAGUUUGAUGCUAUGGAGCAGCGCAUGCGACAGGUUGAGGCCUUCAUGUCCUCUACAGGAUUAUCGUUCGUAUGCCCUGGUGCUCAGCAGUCUUCACCUGCACACGUAGGUAGUACGUCGUCUGUUAGUAGUGCGCCUGCAGGUAAUGCGACAACGAUUGGUCCGGUGUCGCCUGUUGGACAAUUGCUGAGCCAAUAAUCCCCUUUCGGGACUCCAUCGCCCGUUACACCAUCUCUUGCGGGACAAUCGCCGGUUGGCGAGUUCACGCCGGGGACUGCACCUCGUGAUCCGCAGCGACGUCCUCCAGAUUUGUAGAUAUUUUGUGUAUUUUUUUUUUUGUUAGUAACGAAUAACUUUAUUAGAUCAAGAUUUUUAAAUUUGUUAAUAUUGUUGUGUAAGUAUUUGUUGUUAGUAACGAAUA